UGCUCGCCUCGGAGUCGCAGAUCCAAGAUGGCCGACACGGAGAGCACCUGCACCUCCGUGGACGACCGGACGGAGGACCUGGUGUCGCCCACGAGGGACGCGCUGGUGGACGGCAUCGUGGGCCUCCUGAAGCCGUGCCUGGACCAGCUGGACGAGCGGGUGCGCGCCACGAGAGUGAGCCAGAGUGAGUUACACCAGCAGCUUGAGGGUCUGUCAGUAGAAUUAAUAAGAGUCCAGGAACAGACACUGUGUCCACUCCAGCUUGAUGCCUACAUAAAGAAGCUACAGAAUGCCAAGAGAAGAGUGGUUGUAGUUAACAAUAUUCUACAAAAUACACAGGAUCGACUUAAUAAACUGCACAACCAGGUCAGCAAAGAAACAGCACGUAGAAAAGCUCUGUUAGAUACCAGUUCGCCAUCAACAGUCCCAUCAACUUCACUCCAUGCACCGUGACUUGAAUUUCCGUCAUAAAAAGC